UCAUUUUGUGUAGGGCUUAAGUUCUAAAGUCUAAAGGACUGCAUUGGUAAAUAGAAAUCCCCAAAUUGAGAGCUAGGGUUUUCUCAAAAAUAUCAAUUUCCCACAAAAAUCCCCAAAUAGAGUGAUAGCAUCAUGCUCGAAGAAUCCAAGCGUCGUUACAACUUCAGUCGAUCUCCAUCACCACCUAAAGCAUCGAAAAAACAUCACCAAAGUUAUGGGAGGAGCUCUCAAAAUCAAAAUCCGGAUGUGGGUAAUCGUUCAAUUUUUAUUUCAUAUCAUGAAACCCCAAAUUUAUCCCCUAAAAUCAAACUAAUUUGUGAAAUUAUUGCAAAAACUCUACCUUCAUCAGUUGAAAAAAGUUUAGAUGAUAAUGGAAUUAGGGUUACACAUGAAGAUGUUGAACAAGUUUUGAAAUUGUCUUAUAAUUAUCCUGCUUGUGCUGUGAAGUUCUUUAAAUGGGCAGGUUACAAAUUAAAUGAUAGGCAUAGUCCUUAUGCUUGGAAUCUAUUGGUAGAUAUGCUAGGGAAGAAUUCAUUGUAUGAUGCUAUGUGGGAUGCAAUUAAGUCAAUGAAGGAAGAAGGCUUUCUUUCACUUGCAACAUUUGCAUCGGUUUUUAGUAGUUAUGUCGUAGGGAAUCGAGUCGAGGAAGCGUUUAUGUCUUUCGAGGUUAUGGAUCAAUAUGGUGUACCUAGGGACAUUGUGUCUUUGAAUUCACUUUUGAGUGCAAUUUGUAGGGAGGGGAAGACCGAAAAGGCGGACGAGUUUUUAAGCAUUGCGAAGAAUAAGAUUAGGCCGGAUAGUGAUUCGUAUGCAAUAUUGUUAGAAGGGUGGGAAAAUGAAGGAAAUGUAGAUUGUGCUAGGCAAACUUUUGGUGAGUUGGUUAUGGAGGUUGGUUGGGACCCAAAUAAUGUGCCCGCGUAUGAUUCAUUUUUGUGCACAUUGAUCAAGUCUCGGAGUGGAUUUCAUGACGCAUUUAAGUUUUUGAUGACUAUGAAGGAGAGGAGGUGUUCUCCCGGGAUUAGAUUUUUCGGGAUUGCUUUGGACGAGUGUGUGAGGAAAAGCGAUGCUCGAGGAGCUGCAUUGCUAUGGGAAGCAAUGACGGUGAGGAGUGAUUUUAGACCUAACUCGCGAAUGUACAAUAUGAUGAUCUCUUUGCAUACUCGGCUAGCUAAUCAAGAUAUAGCUAUAAGGUAUUUGGAUGAGAUGAUAUACGAUGGCGUUUUCCCUGAUUCAAAGAGUUAUAAUACUUUGCUCGAGUUCUUUCUUAAGACUCGAAAGCUUUACGAGGCUUCAUCUAUAUUUACCGAGAUGGUAAAGAAUGAGUGUUUGCCAACCGAAGGAAAUUGUAUUGCGGCUGUUAGGCUAUUCAUGGAUUCCGGAGAUCCUUACAUGGCUAUUAAGGUUUGGAAAUUCAUGGUUGAGAAUUGUUAUUCGGAGUUGGAAGAGACCGGGAAUUUUUUGAUUUCAAAACUCGGUGAAUGCAACCGAGUUCAAGAGGCGGUUAAGUAUGCCGAAGACAUGAUUGAUCGUAAGAUAAAGUUGAGUUCUACAAACUUGAGAAAACUGAAGCAAAAGCUUGUAAAGGUUGGAAAGGGUUCUGUUCAUGAUGAACUGUUAGAAAAGUGGAGGCUUCGAUAAUCGAUAGGCUUUUCUCGCCUCCAGGGGUCUAUUGGCAGCAAACUCCUUAUCACUUUUGAUAAGGGUACCGUUCAUUUGUUGUUUGAGGCCCUGAUUAGAGUUUCUAGCGGGAUAUACUUGGUAGUUGGUAUGAUGAUGAUGAUACGUGGCUUUGCCAUCCAAUGGAUCAAUUUCGUGCAAUAUAAUUACAAAACCAUUAUGAAUUUCCAUGUUAAGCAUGAUAAACAUAGAUUUGAUGGGUUGGUGCAAUCAUUGCCAAUCAUUUUUUUUACAUGAAUGCCCGAUUUUGUUAAUGAUACAAAGGCGGUAAUAAGAAUGAGUUUUAGUGUUCAUUUUGAUGAAAUCUGCAAUGUCAUUUCUAUAGUAAUAAAGCGCUCAUCCUCAAACAUCUUGUUCAUUAGAAAUUUUCUUUACCACUUAAGAGCAUCUUAUCAAGUGAGAAAUUGUGAAUGAUUUUGUAAAAAUAGAAUGAAUUAUACU